AUGUUAAUCUAUUGUUUACUUUCAUCAAUGAUUCGAUCACCUACUUUUUUGAUAGGUCAUUAUUUAAAGAUAUUUCAAUAUCCUACUUCUCUUUGUAAAAUAUCAACUAUUCAUUAUUUAUCAGUAAAUAUUGGUAUGCUUACAUCAUUAGCAUAUGCAAGUAUCGAAAGACAUUUUUUAAUAUUUCAUAAAAAUGGUUUAUUAACAUGGCGACGUCAAUUAUUACCAGUUACAUGUAUUUUAGUUUACUCGUAUAUUAUAGCAAUACUUUUUACAUUAAUACCAACAUGUUCAUAUAUACAAUGUAUUCCUUGUUAUACAACAAGUUUUCUUUAUAUGAUUCCAUGGCUUAUAAUAAGUUUUUUUAUACCACAAUUAGUAAUGAUUAUUUCAACAAUUUAUUUAUUAUUUCGUUUAUAUCAACGACGAACAAUGUUUAAUCGAAGACCAGAAUGGUCUGCUUUACAAAAAAUUGUUAUACAAAUGAGUAUUUAUGUUAUUUGGUCAUGUCUUUGUUUUUGUCCAAUAUCAUUUUAUAAUUUAAGUAUAAUAGUUGAUGUAUCUCUUUUUUCACCAGAUCUUCAAACAGUUAUGAUUAUUAUUCAUACAACUAUUUUACAAUCAUAUCCAAUAUUAACAUUUAUUUCAAUGUUGUUAUUUACACGACGUAAAAAAGCACAACGGAGAAACCACUCAAAUUUAAAAUUGAAUAAUAUAGCAACAAUAAUAACACCUCCAAGUGAUCGACAAUCGUAG